CGUGCCGCAGUCCCGUUCCGAAUUCCACUCGCGUUGUUGCCGCCGCCGUCGAGGAAAAUUGGAAACGGAAAGGAAACGAAAUUGAAACGAUAUGACCGACGUCGCCAGCCAGCAGGGGAUCACGCACAUUAAAUGGAACAAUUAUCAAAGCCACCUGUCCGACGUCGUGCGAGAUCUCCUCGCGGACAAUUGCAUGGUCGAUGUCACGCUGUGCGCGGCUGGCCAGCGAAUCCAGGCGCAUCGCAUCGUGCUGUGCGCGUGCAGCACUCUGUUCCAUGAACUCCUCAGUCAAGUGACAGAAGAUUAUUCGACGAUUAUUUUGAGCGAUAUAUCUCCUCGGGAUAUCCAAUCAAUUAUCCAAUUCAUGUACCAUGGUGAGGUCCGGGUGCCUGUGGAAGAUAUCAGCAGCUUACUCGAGGCUGCACGAUUGCUGAAGAUAAGCGGUCUUAUUGAUAUAGAUGAAGUCGUGGAGAGUGAAACUACUAUAAACAGAAAAGAGUCUGCCGAAGAAACCGCUGCAGGGAUAGACGAAAGUGAAGAAGGUACUUCUGGGGCUCUCGACAAGGAUCUACAGGAGCAAGCCGGCGCCGAGAGUUGUGUCCUGAAUAAGAAGAAGAAACGUCGUCGCGAUAUUGCAAAGAGGGAUUACAACGACGAUAUGCUGGCAUCUGCGAUUAACGAUUUAAAAUUGGGACAGACUUUAAUAGAGACUGCCACUAAGUAUAAUAUACCACGCUCAACAUUGUACAUGCGGGCGAAGGCAUUGGGCAUACACUUAAAUGCAUCGAGAAACGGAUAUCCUGUGGAAUGUAUGAACGCAGCGAUAACUGCCGUGAUCGGUGGCUCAAGCUUGCAGCAUGCAUCAGAGAUGUUCCGAAUUCCCAAAACUGUAUUGUGGAGACGUAUGCAAAAGGAGGGCUACCAGAUCUUGCGUCCCGAAAUGAAGAGAUCGUACGCCCUAGGCACGAGAGAGGCUGCUGUUAAAGCUCUGGAAAGGGGAGAGAAUCUGACAAAAGUUGCAUUGGAAUUUAAGAUACCGAAGACAACGUUGUUCAGGGACAAGGCGCGACUGGUGGACGAAGGUAAAUUGCCACUGUCGUUUUGGAAGAAGCGCAAAACCGAGAAUGAGGAAUUGAAGAAAUCGCGAUUGGAGGAGGCUGUGGCCGCCUGCAAGGGUGGUAGAAUGUCGCAGGCUGCGGCAUCGAUGACGUAUCACAUUCCGAAAACUACCAUAUGGCGGAAACUUCAGCAGGAUGGGAAAAAGGUGGAGAGAUCGACGAGUGUGAAGAAGCAACAACGGCUGAUGGAGCCGAUACACAACACGGAAGUUAAACCGCAAGAAAGUUCCAAUUUUAACUAUUGCGAGGUCUCAUCGGAAAUACCUAUAACGUACAUAAAUGAAAAUAGCAUACCCGAAGAUUCCGUGAUAAUCUUAACAACGGAUGAAAUAGACGAGUUAAACUUGGAAGAAGGGAGACAGAUAAUUGUAAAUUCGGAAUCUGGACAAGAAUACGUUCCAUGUACAAUAAGCAUCGAAGAUAAUUCUAACUAUCUGAAAGCUGAGAGUUAAUGGUACAAGUACAAUGUAUUAGAAUAAUUUAAUUAUAUGUGUAUAGUGUACAAAUGUGUGUGUAUAUGUAUAUAAAUAAUAUAUACUCUUUAGAGAAUUUUAUUAUAUUAAUAUGUUUCAUUAUAUUAUUUUCUUUUUAUUGAAUAUUUAAGAUGGAGAGGUAACAUAAGGA